AUUUCAGACUUGAGUAUGGAGAUGUAUGAGAUCCUUGGAAAAGUGGGAGAGGGAAGUUACGGAACGGUAAUGAAGUGUAAACACAAGGAAACAGGACAUAUAGUUGCCAUUAAGAUAUUUUAUGAAAAAACAGAAAAAUCUGUCAACAAAAUUGCAAUGAGAGAGAUAAAAUUCCUGAAGCAAUUUCGUCAUGAAAACUUGGUCAAUCUGAUUGAAGUCUUCAGACAAAAAAAGAAAAUUCAUUUAGUAUUUGAAUUUAUUGACCACACAGUUUUAGAUGAGCUGCAACACUAUUCUCAUGGACUGGAUAGUAGAAGACUUAAGAGAUAUCUUUAUCAGAUUCUUCGAGCAAUUGAUUACCUCCACAGCAACAAUGUCAUUCACCGUGAUAUUAAACCUGAAAACAUUUUGGUUUCACAAACUGGAAUAACUAAGCUUUGUGAUUUUGGAUUUGCUCGGACUUUAGCAGCCCCAGGUGAUAUUUAUACUGAUUAUGUAGCUACAAGAUGGUACAGAGCUCCAGAGUUGGUGUUAAGAGAUACAACAUAUGGGAAACCUGUGGACAUCUGGGCUUUAGGUUGUAUGAUUAUCGAGAUGGCCACUGGCAACCCCUAUCUACCCAGCAGCUCUGAUCUAGAUCUACUUCAUAAAAUUGUGACCAAAGUUGGAAACUUGACACCUCACUUUCAGAGUAUUUUUAUAAGGAGCCCAGUUUUUUCAGGGAUGGUUCUUCCUGAAGUUCAGCAUCCUAAAAGUGCAAGAAAAAAAUAUCCCAAACUCAGUGCACUACUUGCAGAUAUGGUUCAUGCUUGUUUACAAAUGGAUCCUGCAGACAGGAUAUCAUCUGCUGAUUUGCUACAGCAUGAAUAUUUCACCAGAGAUGGUUUUGUUGAAAAAUUCUUACCAGAAUUGAAAAGCAAAUUACUACAAGAAGCAAAGCUGAGUUAUCUUUCAAAAUUCAGAGACAAUAACAAAGAGAUUGAACAAAUGAAAGAAGAAAAGAGAAUAGUUCAUAUUAACAUAUCUCAGAAUGGUCCUGUUAUGGUAAAGGAAAUGGAAAAAGACAAAAAGUCAAAGGAGAUCAAGAUCAAAGGUAUUAAAGUGAAAGCGGGGAAAUCUGAACUUUCAGAGUUUAAAAGAAAUGAACAAGAAGAUGCUGUUUCACAGUGGGUGACUUUGUCUCAGAAUGCUCUCAACUUACCUCAUGAGAGCAGCAAACCCACAAUUGGUGAUGGUACCAGCUUGAUAACAGUUGGCAUUGAUGCUGGUGGGAUAAAGGAUGAAGCUCCACAGACACCCUGUACAACAAUGCCACGGAUACAUCCAAACUGUGGGAAUCUUACUGGAAAUUUCAGUUCACAUUUCCUGUGUCCUAAUUCAAGACUUCCAGAAAAAGCAAAAAAACGGCGAAGUCCUUGGCCAUCAGUAGGACAAAUAGGUUCAAACAGUCGUCAGGAAGAUGGAAUUAUGACUCAAAACCAAAUGGACAAAGUAUCCCUGUAUGAAAGAGCUGUUCAAAUUGAUCAAAUGGUGAACAUAAACAGGAAGAAACGCAACAUUUCAAGAUGUGAGAAAAGAGAAAUUCACUUGCCAGAACUAAAUACAACAGGGCAACAGAAAGAAUUAAAAGCAAUGGAAAUCAAACAGGUAAGGGUGCUGAAAAGGGAGUCAAAGAAAGCUGAAAUAUCCAAAAUACCAUCUUUACAAAAUCCGGAUCAGAAUCGUGAAAAACGAGAAGCUAAAGAAAUCUUAACAAAGGAAUCCAAUGUUCAAGAAGUAAGAUGUCCAGUAACAGUUUGUGGAGAUGUCCAUGGACAAUUUCACGAUCUCAUGGAACUUUUCAGAAUUGGAGGCAAAUCACCAGAUACAAAUUACUUGUUUAUGGGAGACUACGUUGAUAGGGGAUACUAUUCUGUUGAAACAGUAACACUUCUGGUAGCGCUUAAGGUCCGUUACCGUGAACGCAUCACAAUCCUUCGAGGGAACCAUGAAAGCAGGCAAAUCACUCAAGUGUAUGGUUUCUAUGAUGAGUGUUUAAGGAAAUACGGAAAUGCAAAUGUCUGGAAAUACUUCACAGAUCUUUUUGACUAUCUUCCUCUUACUGCUUUGGUGGAUGGACAGAUUUUCUGUCUACAUGGAGGACUGUCUCCAUCUAUAGAUACACUGGAUCAUAUUAGAGCACUUGAUCGUCUUCAAGAAGUUCCACAUGAGGGUCCAAUGUGUGAUUUGCUGUGGUCAGAUCCUGAUGAUCGGGGUGGUUGGGGUAUUUCUCCUCGAGGAGCUGGAUAUACUUUUGGACAAGAUAUUUCAGAAACUUUCAACCAUGCUAAUGGCCUUACGUUGGUUUCAAGAGCUCAUCAGCUGGUAAUGGAGGGAUAUAACUGGUGUCAUGAUCGGAAUGUAGUAACAAUUUUUAGUGCUCCAAAUUAUUGUUACCGUUGUGGUAACCAAGCUGCAAUUAUGGAGCUUGAUGAUACUUUAAAAUAUUCAUUUUUGCAGUUUGAUCCAGCACCACGCAGAGGUGAACCACAUGUUACUCGUCGCACCCCAGACUACUUUCUGUAAUGAGAUUUUCCACUUGUACAGUAUUGCCAUGAACCAUGUGUUGACCUAAAGGAACAUGGGAAGAGCAACAGUAACUCCAAAGUGUCAGAAAACAUUUAACAUUGAAACCUGUUUUCACAUGGACCAAAAGAUGUGCCAUAUUGAAAUUCAAAGCCUCUUGUCUGUCAGCGACUGUGACCACUUUAGAAUGAACCAGUUCAUUGCAUGCUUGAAGCAACAUUGUUGGUCAAGAAAUCAGUUUCUGGCAUAGUUCUACUUGUAGUUACUUUUGCUUUCUCUGAGAGACUGCAAAUAUUAAUAUGUAGACAUUUAACACUUCGUGAAUUACAAGUAACUUUCCUUUUAGCUUUAGCUUUCCAGCAUGAUUGUAGAUAAGAAUAGCAAACUAUCAUUGAAGCUUAAUGAACAUUUUAAAUAAGCACCAAGACUGACUUUUCUUAUUUGUGUUCUUAUUUUGUUUUUUAGAGAAACGAUUUAAUUUAAUUGUAUUAUUGUUUCAUCUGAACUCUGUUCCCACUCCCAUUUUUCUCUCACACAUUUCCUUUACAAAGUGUUCCAUGUAUGUGUUCUUCAUAGUGAAUUACUUUGAAAGAACAAUUUAUUUCUGUAAGAUGUUGCUGCAGGAGAGUGUUGCAGCAUUUUUCAUAAUAAACUUGUGAACUAAGUUUGGAAGAUGUAUUGCAAGCACAUAUCAUGUUGUAUUUAAUAAAAAGUAGCUUUUAUGUCUCUUUGAACCUUUGAAAGACCAAAACAAGACUAAGUCACAAACAAGCUGAUUUCAGGAAACAUUACAGUACAUAAAAAUCAUAAUCUAAGGAUCAGAUUUUGUAAUCUGAUAUAUUAGGCAAAUAAUUAUUGCCAUAAUUCUGUAAGCAUUUUUCAAACACCUAGGGAGAAAGCUAUUCUUUGAAAUGGAUAUUAUGACAUUUAAUUCUAUAUUUAAAGUGAAAAGGUCUCCAUUGUGAAGUUAAAUCUAACUUCAUCUAAGCAUGGUCUUAAAAAUUAUAUAUCCUCAAUGUUCCUGAUGAAAUCUACUUUUUUUUGCUAUACUUGUAAACAAAAUAUGAGCUUUUGUGCUACUGAAUGAAAAAUGGGAAGGAACUGGUGAGAUCAUAAAUCAAUCUCAAUACUCUGCACCCAUUUUUAGUAGUAGCAGUCUCUCAUACCCAUUACUCUCAUGCCCAGCUUACUUUCCUUUGGUUUGACCAGAAGGCAGUGAGUAAGUUAUAGACUAAAUACUCCAAAUACUUGCUGAAUAUAUUCUGAUCACAGAACUUGGGAUAUUUAAAUAGCUAGGAAAAAUGAAUCUAUUAUAAUGGAAGUUAAAUUCUUACUUGUAAUUGUUGGUAUCACACAUUUGUUGAAUGAUGAUGAAAAUAGUGUAACAAUGGGGAUAUACCAACAAGCCACCUGUAACUGAUUGUCUCAAAUGUGAAAAUCAAAACAUGUAUUAACAGUGAUUUCCUCUUACUUUGUAACUAGUGUUUUUACUUACCAUUCAAUAAAGUAGUAACAGAAUAA